GUUUAUACGGUGGCCUCCCGUACAUCUCGCACCGUCUUCCCAAUAAAAAAAAGGCCUCCGUGUGGUGCUCUCUCUCGUUUCUAUCGCUCUCCACCUACCUCGCCCUUCUCGUCUCCUCAUCUUCAGCUCGCCCUUCGCGUCUCCUCAUCUUCCUCAGAGUGCUCGCUCCGUCAGGCUUCACCGGCGUCGACGCAUCCGCCGUCGGUGCCCGGUGUAGGUCGCGGAGGAACUAUUGCCUGUUGGGCCCUCGCCGCUUCUUCGGGUCCGUCGCUUGUUAGGGUUUCGUCUGCGUCGGCGGCCGUCGAGGUUCUCCCCGGCCGUGUUCCCAGCAGACCCGUCGUUCCUGCCAUUGCUGAAGAUUGGUGUUCUGUUUUGGUGUUGCCAUCCGCUGGCGCCGCUACAGUCCUUUCGUCUUCUACUGUCCUCUGCUUCAGUGUUGGAUAGUGUUCUGCUAAGAGCAGUUCCAGUUCACUGCAGCCUGGGGGUGCUAACGUUCUGAGGCCUAUCAGUCAAUCGGAUUUGGUUUGGCUAGCGAGACAUUGGUGUCUGCUCACACGGAAUCUGGAUACACACAAUGCAGAAAUCCAAGCCGCGCAAGCUGUACCUCUCAGACCUCACACAUGGACCAACAGCAGACGCAGUGUGUGUUCGUGUGAUGAGGAAAUGGAGUUAUGACGGUAAUGAACCUGGUGGUCCAAUCCGUUACAUAGGUCUUGUGCUUGCAGAUGAAAAGGGAAAUUCCAUUUAUGGUCAUAUUAUAGAGAGGGAUGUUCAAACCAAAGGAUCUUUGCUUGAGGUUGACAGCACAUACCACAUCACAAAGUUCUAUGUAAAGACAUCCAAACAAACAUAUGUUCCUUUUGAUAAGGAGUUGAUGAUUGAGUUUACAUCUUUCACCAAUAUAAGUGUGAUGAAAAAUCCGCCAAAUGGUUUCCCACAGUAUGUCUACACCAUCACUCCUUACUCACAGAUAAAUCCUGUCUAUCCAUCAUCAACAAAAUACAUCGAUAUAUUAGGCAUCAUCACUUCAGUUGAAAAUGUGGUGCAUCAACGAAUCAGGAAUAAAGAAAAGGUGGUUCCAAUGAGAGAGAUUCUCAUAAAAAACCUGAGUGACGAGGAACUUAAAAUUACGCUGUGGGCUGAACAUGCAACAAGUUUCAAGUUACCUGAGACAUCAACCUCAGAACCAGUUCACUCUAUUGUCGUUCUCUUUGUUGGUUGUUUACCAAAAACCAUGGAACGCAAAACUCAGGUAAGUGGAGGAAAUGGUUGUCGCUGGUAUUUUAACCCAGACAUCAAAGAGGCACAAGCUUUUUACAAGAGUCUCCAGAAGAAGCCUGUGCCAGUAUAUCAAGCACCUCCACCAGAUCCCAGUUUACAGGAACCAGUACUUCCAAUUAUAUUAGAACACAAAAAGUUAAGCGAACUUAAUGAUUUGGAUCCAUUUGAGUUCCCAGAACAAGGUUGUAAAUGCACUGUCACAAUCACCUCAAUUCCUCCAGAAAAGAAAUGGUGGUAUAUUGGCUGUGCAAAAUGCAAAAAAGCUCCCAAGGAAGAAACAUCAACAUUUUGGUGUGGACCAUGCAAAUGUUCAGAAAGCAAGACACUGUACAAGUUCUCAUUUAACGCUGCAGAUGAUACAACUGAAGCACAAUUUUUUGCAUAUGAUGACCCAGCACGUAACAUUAUUCAUCGGAAUGUAAUUGCAGUGCUUAAUCAACUCAGGAAAGAAUCUGGUUUCCCACGUUUCCUAACAGAUGUGGUCUCAAAAAAAUUCACUUUCAGUAUUGGUUUAUCAGAUGACUCAUUUGGACAAAUGGAAGACAGAACUUACGUUGUCAAAUCAGUCAUAAUAGAUCAUCAACAGCAAGCCCAUAAAGCAAAACAACAAUUGCUUACUGAGCCAUCUGCUAAUACUUCAGCAAUUGUACCUACUAUGAUGGACAAUAUGCAAACAAUUAAAUCUAGCACCCAAUACGAACCAGCAACUCCUAUACCAGAUAUCAUUACCAAUGAAGCUUCUUUGCAGCAAGAUACACCUCCACCAAAUACUACACCUGAUGCAACACCUAAACCAACUGAAACACGCAGUAUUAGUAUGGAUAAAGAAAAGACACUGGUUCAGCGAGCUUUAUUUGCAGAUCAUGUUAACAUAAGCAAGGAACAGGCACAAUCAUCUAUGAAUGCCGCUACAAGCACUAAUGAAAUGCUAUCCACAGAUAUCCAUCAGGAUUUCCCUGGUGUGAUUAAGCAAUCUAGAAACAGUACAUCAGCUCCAAACACAGAUAAGGAUAUGGUUACUGAUGAAAACCUCCAGUCCGAUGACCUCCCUUACAACUUCCUGAACCAGCAAUCUCAUCUGACAUUAGAGCAUAAAGCCAAGAAGCAUAAAACUGAUGAAUCUAUCAACCAGGGGAGGUCUUCCAACCAGAAGUCUACAACAGCAAAACCCACAGAAUAGGUCUCAUAACACUGCAGACGCCUGGCUCUUCCUUUUGCAGUAUUGUAGGAGCUAUAGCAUGUUGCCCGUUGUUUAUGCCCACACACAAACGCUUUAAAGCCUACGUUUGUGAAAUAUUAGUUGUAGUAUUUGCUGAAUUAUCACUAUUAGUUUGUUAAACAGUUGUUAAGACCGCUACAAAUUAUUAUGUGUGAAUGACCUUAUAGUUUAUUAAACAGUUGGUAAGACCGCUAAAAAAUAUUAUGUGUGAACGACCUUAUAUAAAAAUUUUCUUAUUA